GGCAGCUACUUCACUCUGCCAACAGCGACUUGAAGACAAGCUGCACUUCUAGCUCAGCAAAAAUAAAAGCUUCCUGCCGUGCAAGCAUUGCACCACAACAACAUGGUGAUGUACACGUCGGCACCGGCAGACCCGGAGACGGGAUUCGAAGAGAAGAUGGUGGUAGUGGUGGAGAAGAGGUCGUUUGCAGGAUGGAUAUGGAAGCUCUCUGUGGGCCUCCUGGUGGCCACACUCUGCUUAGGCCUGGUCCUGCUGUUCGCCUGGUACUGGCAUGGAAGACCCGACACCACGGUGUCUCCAGGUCCGACUCAGGCACUCGUGGCGGAACCAGUAAAUGACACAGAUCAUUCCGACACACUGCUAAGAAUCAGCAGCAAAGCCAAGGCAGCCAUUCAUUUAGAAGGGGUGCACACUGAAACUCAGAGUUUGACGGAGCAGCUGGAGUGGAGGAACGGUCAGGGUCAGGCCUUCGCUCAGGGCGGCCUGUGCCUGCUCAACAACCAGAUCGUCGUCCCGCACACGGGCCUCUACUUUGUCUACAGCCAGGCGUCCUUCCGCGUGUCCUGCGGCGCCGAGGAGGCCGGGGAGGAUCAAAGGGGGAGGAAGCGUUUCACACCCCUCAGCCACAGGAUCUGGCGCUACUCCGACUCGGUGGGGCGCAAGGCGUCUCUGAUGAGCGCAGUGAGGUCGGCGUGCCAGCAAGGGGACUCGGCCGAGGACGAUCGCCGCGCCGCGCAGGGCUGGUACAACGCCUUGUACCUGGGCGCCGUCUUCCAGCUCAACAAGGGCGACCGGCUGUGGACGGAAACCAAUCAGCUGUCGGAGCUGGAGACGGACGGCGGCAAGACCUUCUUUGGCGUGUUUGCACUUUGACCCACUUGUGUGUGGCCACCCCUCAGAGAACUACUCCCCUAACAAGACUUUCAAUUAAGGAACUAAAUACCAGUUACCUUUGCUUUAAAAAAAUCAUUUAUCGCUGCUUAUCCUAUUAAUGGUCAGCUGACUUGACAAGAGGCGUGGUCUAGCCUGGACUGGUCGCCAGUAUACACAUGUCACACGGAUCAGUAGGUGUGGCUGAGCGAUAGUACGUUGUGUAAGUCUCAUUUUCCGAUACCUUAAGAGCUGCUGAGUCGACAGCUUGCACUGCCUGACCCACCUCGCCGUAAAUGGGAAUUUGUGGUCGCUGGUUCGAACCUGCAUUAACAUUGUUACAUAUAUAUAUAUAUAUAUAUAUAUAUAUAUAUAUAUACAUAUAUAUAUAUAUAUAUAUAUAUAUAUAUAUAUAUAUAUAUAUAUACACACACACAUAUAUAUAUAUAUAUAUAUAUAUAUAUAUAUAUAUUUGUGUUUAUAUAUUUAUUUGUUUCUUCAUAUUCCCAAGCGGUGCACGUUUAUUCAUCGAUGCAAUGAUGAAGGAAUGUUUAAAUCUCCAUGGAGAUGAACUUGAACAUCUUUACAAACUGUAACAGUUUACAUCACACUGACUACUGCUGUCUAUUUAUUUGUAUUUAUUUGUAUUGGAAGUGUCGGGGCAUGGUCCUAAUAAUGAAGAGUAAAGUUUGAACAUGAUAACUAUGA